AUUUCGUUUGAUGCAGUUGUGCUGGACAAAUGCAGAUUCCAGGCCUACGCUAACCCAAAUCGAUUUAAUGUUGGCAGACUUGUUACAAGUUCAUCGAAACACUAACCCGAACGCAUCACAAAGUCUUCUGUCUUCGGAUGAUUUCGACGAGAGAUGGGAAUCGUUCAAGCCAAAUUCCAUCGUCAAAACUGAUCAUGUUUCUGAUUCGGUUUCCAUCGACAUGCAUUAUCCCGAAACGAAGAUCAGAAAGUCUCUGUCCGCCAGCCUUCACAAUCUACACGGCUCUUUUGAAGACUUGUUGGUAGAAAAUGGAGGAUCGCAUAUACUGUUUGUAGAGGACGAACUAAGAAAUACGGGGUUUUCCAGUGCCAACGAAGAAUCUUUGACUUCCGAAAGGAUUUUCAAUUCGGAUUCCAGCGACCAAGAGAGUACUACAAACAAAUCUAAACCUAGUGAACUGGUAGGUUUGGAAAAUAACCUUCGUGAUAGCAAAUUGUACCAGAGAACUAGUAGCGGAAGUGAAACGGAAGAUGAGAAUUGGCGGAAUAAAGUAGAAAGGGGUGCAUACACGGAGAAGGUUCGAUUAAAAUCGAGAUCUGUUGCUGAUCUGAUGAUCCUCACUCACGUAGAUUACUCCGAAUCGGAAUCGGAAACCCCCUUGCCCAGUUUAGAAUACAAAGUAAAUAACUAUAAAAAUGUGAGGUUAGCUCCUUCAAAUAAUCCUGACGCUGGAAACGUAACCUUCGGAAGUGAAGGCAAUCUAUUAAGUAUAAAAGAUACUUUCCAAGAAGAGUUGAAGAAGUUGCAGGAUGAACGUAAAGACAGUCUUCUUUUUGUACCUGAUAAUAUUAGUCAUAAUAGUUUUAGAGUUGAUGAGAACGUAAUGGGCAAUCAGUCUAACAUCAAUAAUUCACCUGUUACAAACUCUUCACGUUUGAUACAGGACUUGAACAGCCCAACAGAAAUCAAACCUGCCGGUCAAGUUUUCAAUGUGUUUAACGUUACCAUAGAUAAGUACAGUCCUUUGAAUGUAAAUACUAAGUUAACUGAAAUCAUAAACUUUGAUAAGGUCUCAGACAUUCGUUUGAAAUCUGAAGAAAGGGACUUGAAAAGUUCCGCGAAGAUAAUCAAAACGCCUGAUAAUUUUCAUGAAUACGAAGUAUGUGAUAAAUUAGAAAACAUAUCUAGUGAAGAUCCAUGGGAUUCUUCAAAAAUAAAUGACACUGAGUCGAAUUUAAAGAUGGACUUGGUUAGGAAAGGUUCCGAUUCUAGCCAAGAAGAUGCCGAGUCAAAUGGAACCUGGCAAAAGUUGCCGGAGAGCUAUCAAAAUAAAACGGAGUUGAAUCUAAUUGACAGUUUGGAGGAUGGUAUUGAUAUUAUAUGUAAUGACAUUGAGUCAUCAGAUCUUGUAACCAGUUACCUUGUGCCAGAAAAUUCGGAAGUACCUCUAACUCUUGGUUCAAAUAUUCCUUUGGAAAAUGCAGAUGAGGAACAGUUUGAAACAGUUGAAUGUUUAGUGGACACCAAUACUGAAAAUGUUGAAAGCAAUUCUGAAAAAAUUGAUGCUAACUCACUAAGAGAGGUAAUCGAAGAGAAUGCAGCCUAUGAAGACAACACCAAAGAAAAUGUUGGUGUCACACAAACUGAACAGUUACAGACGAAUAUUUAUCAGACAAAAAAAUUGGAAGAUUCCACCCACGAAAAAGAUUCAACAUUAGGAGUAGGAUGUAAUGACAAUAUUUAUAAUGGAUCAAAGGAAACCUCAAAAAUAAACACACUUGACGGGGGAAAUAUAGGCGAAGACAUUAUUUCAGAGGAAUGGCAGACUAGAGAUGGUGUUAACUCCGUUGAAAAACUUGAGGGUUCUGUACGAUUGGGUGAAAAUGUUGAAAAUGUUAUUGAGACAUCUAAAAAUAGCACAACAAUGUCUGAAAAACUUCAGAAUGAAACCGAAGAAGAAAAUGGAGAUAUUGUUAGUGAUGAAUAUAUCUCUAUGAAACAAACAGACCAGUUGAGUACAGAUGAUAAACACACUCAGCAACUUGAUGACAUCAUCGGAGAGCCUAAUGAGCUUGCUGAAUCUUUAUUAGAAGCUACUAAUGUAAGUGUUGGUCAUAAACUGAUGGAAGCAAGCACAUUGGAAGAGGAGAACGAAGGCAGUGAAGGUAACACAGAAGUCCCUUCAAAAUCAAUUACGCCAAAACUAUUGAAAUCUGAUAUCACCAAUUCCGAAGAGGAGUGUAAAAAUGUUGUAGAAACCUCUAAUGAAAAUGUCAUUUACAAGUCGAAAGAAAUUGAAAAUAUGAGUACACUGAAUGAAAUAAAAGAGGGAAAUGAAAGUAUUGGAAAUAUCAUUGGUGAAUAUGAACCUGUAAAACAUACAAAGCCAUUCGACGACUGUACUGAGAAACUUGACAAACUCGUUGAAAAGCAAAGUGAAACCACUGAAACGCUUGUAGAAGCCCAUAAUGAAAAUGUUGAUUAUAAACUGAAGGAAGUAGAAGGAAUCCAAACAUUAGAUAAAGAAAGUGAAGAGCUAGAAAGUGAUGCCGAAAUCGAUCUAAAAAUGUCAAGGAAGGAUGUUGAUUGUACUGAAAUGUCUAGCACCACAUUUGAUAAUGAUGAUUUUGGUAAAACUAUUGAAAAUAUUGUUACUUGUAAUGAAAAUAGUACUCACGAAGUGAAAGAAUUUCCCAAUAUGAAUCAGGUAGCCAAUAGAAAUGAAAAUAUGCAAUUUAUUAGUGAAAAUGUUCAUUUGAAAGAAAACCUUUCAUUAAGUAUUGAAGAUGACUGCAAUGAAAAACUUUAUGGUGAAAUUUUAGAACCAAAUCAAACUUGUGAAACUUUUGUGGAGACUUGUAAUGAAAAUAUCAAUUAUAAACAAAAAGAAGUAGAGGAAAUUGGCCGUUUGGAUGAGAGAAAUGUAGAAUGUUCAGAAGUUAUCAAUGAUGUUAAUCCAAGUCAAUCAGUACCUGAUUCUACUACUUGCUGUGCAGAGGAAUGUGAACCUGUUAGAGUAGUGGAAACCUGUAAUGAAAAUGUUAUUCACAAAGUGAAAGAAAUUGAGGAUGUGGAAGUACUCUAUGAACAUGCUAAUUUGGAAAAGGACACUGGUAAACCAGAAAGUAUAAAUGAAACCAGGGAACCACUUGAAGCUGUUGAAAAUCUUGUUGAAACCUGUACGGAAAAUAUCCAUAUUGAAUUGGAAGACAACAAAAAAGUUCAUACAUUAGAUGAAAUAAAUAGAUAUGAUGCAUAUUCUCCAGUAAAAGGGAAAGAAUAUACGAAUCUGGAAGAAGAGUUAUCCAGAAAUGUGAAGCAGAGUGAAACUGAAGCUUCAUCUUCAGAAACAGAAGAUGCACCGGAUAUUAAAAAUGAUCACAGCUGUGAUAAAAUUGAAGAAAAUGACAGAACUCAAGAUCUUCAUACAAAAUGUGUGAACUUUGAUCUCAGUACGAACCAAGAGGAAGCUAUGCCAAAUUCCUUAACGCAUUCUGUUGUCUUUGCCAGCACUCCAUUUAAGAAAAGAGAAAUUUCGCUCCCAGUCGAAGAUACGUUUUCGAGCAUAAACUUGUUUGGAGAUCCAAAGGAAAACGGUGAGCUGGACGCAGAUUUUUCAAUGGAAUUUUCUCGCUUGGAAAAUUUUUCUCCGAAUAAAGAUUUAAAUUAUUCUUUGGAAACUUGGGACAACUUUCUGGGAUCAACAUUCGACCAUCAAAAUAACGUUAACGAAAAUUUGUUUGAUAGCUUUUCUUCAGAACCAAAAAGCCUUCUCUUUGUUGACAAUGAAGAAAUUUCCAACAGAGAAAGUGAUCAUGCGAAUGAGGUUCUUUUGAAUCAUACUGUUGUAUUACACAAAAAUAAUGAAAAGGAUGGUGAGACAACAACUGAAGUUCGCACUGAACCAAAUGCAACAUAUGUUAUGGAUGAGAAGACAGAGAAAACUUUCGUAAUAGAUGAAAAGCCCAGUACUAGCGAAGCAGGAAACAAUACUUUCGUCAAGGAGUCAUCGAAUAGUAAUGACCAAAAUGUUGGGAGUUGGGAAAAUGGAGGCGGAUGGUUUCUUCAUCCACAAACGACCAAUGAUGAUCCCAUUGGAGAAAUGCAAAUUCAGAACUCGCAAACAGAAAGUUAUGUUGGUUUUGGUAUAGAUGAUGAAAUAAUGUCGGCCAUUAGGAAUGAACUUUUAAGCAAAUUGCCACAUGCUCAGGGGUCGACAUCAGACAGAAUGAAAGAUGAUGAGUUUGACUCCAGUGAACGAAACGAAGUGUUUCUUAGGUACAAUGUUUACAACACACCUCUGUCGCCGAUACCUGAAGAAAGUUAUGUUGAAGAACAAUCUGGAAUGGAAUACCUAAAGCAAGAACGGGAAAACGAAGAUAGCGAUUGGUCGGAUCGUUGUCUAUCUGAUACACUAGCGCCAGAUACAGACAGUCAAUCCGCUGUUACUCUGGAAAGUCAUUUCCGGGGGCCCCACCAUCGCCACACACCUAGCCAAGAUUCCUGCUGUUCUAACGAUACUCUUUUCAAUCUAGAGGAAUUGAACUGCGGCACGACAGAACCCGAAAAGUAUAUCAGCGAAGUGCAUGUUUUUGACGAUUUAAAUAUGGUGGUUGCUGAAGUAGAAUCGAAUAAUGUUGCUGAAAGUACUGACAAAACUUUUAUUGUUGAAAAAGCAGAUAUCGAUGAGCCAAAAGAAAUCGCAAACGUUGCACCGUUGGAAGAAACCACACCAAACAUUGCGCCGUUGGAAGAAACCACACCUCAUUCAUCCAGUUUGAAUAUCAUAAAUGAUUUCCUGGUUGAAGAAAGAAAACAUGCUUUGAAGAAUAGCUUGACCCCUGAAAAAUCAAACCUUCACCUUGAUAUCAGUCAGUCUGAUGCCGCUAAAACUCACCAUGUCCCAUUACCUUCCCCUGAAGACAACCCUUGGAAACAAUUGCCAGCAUCUCUGCUAAGUUUUGAUAAAGUUAAAUCGUUAAGCCCGUCAUUAGUACUUGAAGGCGAAACAGAAAGUGGUGAGGCGGAAAAUUUGAAUACUGAAAACAGAGAGUCGUCAGAGAAAAGUCGCGAUAACAUAUUAGUAGAAACCGCCGUAUGUGGCGUUGAAGUGGAUGAAGAAAAAAGGCCAAAUACUGUACCUGAAUGUGCCAAAACUUUAGACCAAGAAUUUUCUAACGAUUGCUUGUCAAAAACAGAUUUCCCUUCAAAUAGGACUAUGGUUGUUGAACACCAUUCCAAAAACCAUCCAGUUGUUUCUAGUGAGAAAGUACCUGUACCUGAAUCUGUAGAUAAUUUGGAAAGCGACAUUCUAGAAAAACCCAUUCAGGGUACUGAUCCAUCAUUGACUGUGAAAGAGAUUCCAGAUGAAAGACUUCAAUAUGAGAAUAUUAAAGUUGAAGGUAUUACACAACCUCAAAUAUCUGAAUCUAUGAGUCUGAUGAGAGAAGAAAAUACCAACUUGAUCCAGCUGAGAAAUGAAGAACCUCAUAAUGAAAGGACAGAGCAACCUACCUAUGUAAAUAUUGGAGAAUUAAAAUCUUCUGUCCAAACUGUUCAAGAGGUAAUAUUACCUCUUAGGGAGGAUUCUGAUCAGGAGCCUUGUUACAAUAACUGCAGAAUUCCUGAAUAUGUCAAUGUGAUGGACAAAGAACUCAAACCUGUUAAUUUCUUGGAGUUAGGUCAGGGAGAUGGAGAACCUGACUAUGCAAAUUGUGCAGUUGAAAAUACUGAAAAACCCACCCAAAAUAUUGGCGAUACGGAUCUCGAGGCAACAAACACCGAAGACAUUUAUGAAAACAUAAACGAUGAAACCGACCCUUACAAUGAGUAUGUAAAUAUCGUGAAUAUGGAGAAUACCAAAAAUAGCUUAGAGUACAAUCAUUCAGACAAAGAGAAUGAGAUCAUGGACGUACCCAGAUACAAUGAGGAUGAUACAAACAGUGACAAUGACAGUAACAUUUUUGGCGUGCUGACCGACAUCAGGUUCAGUGGACCAUCAGAUAGUCAGUUGAUGUCGACAUCUUUCAGUGAAAAUAACUGCGAAGAACAAGAAUGGGACAGCGGUUCAGAUUCCAGAUCAAGUUCAAGUGGAGAAUUCAUUUGGAAGGAAGGUGAGCAUGAGGAGUCCCUGAAAGCCUUAACAGCUGCUCCACAAGAUUUGAUGGAGAAUAUCAAACCAAUGGAAGGAAUUGCAGAGGACGCUUAUGAAGAGAGUGAUAUAAGUAGUACCUUUAGUGAUGAGGAAGGAGAAACUCCAGAAUUUGUCCCAUCAGCAUGGGAUAAGUUCGCCAUUCCUGGCAAAUCAGUCCUAAGGUCACCAGAGAAAAUUGUAAAUAAGAGCGAAGAGAAAAAAACAAAAGGAGUAUGGUUCAAGAAGCAAAAAUAUCAUUGUAUAUAUGAAUAUCCCAAAGAACCGGAAAGUCCUGUGCUGCAAAGUCAUGAUCUAUGGAAACCACAGCCCGACUUUAAGUCAUUCGCAGAUUGGGAAUUUGAUGGUGAGCCUUUCUUGCCUCAGCCGAUGGAUGAUAACGAAACAUUUCCGACCUACAGUAAUCAAACGAACAGAAAAUCAAAUAGUCAAAAUCUUUAUCAGUUAACAAGUAUUCCAGACUUUGUACCAGAUGAUGUUGAUGGGGACAAAUCACAAGAGUUUUUCAUCACCGGGUCUUCUCAACCUUUCCAUAGCCACAAUCUGAGUUCGCAGUUCUUCCCGGGACACAGUAACUGGAACAUGGAACAUGCCACUCCUGAUAGUGGUGUCGAAGACGUAACGCCUGGAAGUCUAAUAGACUCCAAAUAUUCAGCCUCCGUCGAUUCUGUGCCAACACUGAAACAACUAGCGUCUGACGCUGUCAACCGAAAAAAGCAUUCACAUUUAAAAACUAAAGACGUCCUUGGCGGUUUGCGGCACACGAGGAACAAACUGAAAUUAGAUUUGCCACCGAGUCCGAGUGCUUUCAGUUCUGAAAGAAUGUUCGUUAUUGAACCCGCUCCGGAACCUGUCGUCGUUAGGGAAAAACCAACUUUCACCACCUUUGGCAAAAGCAGGUUCCUCGUUCAGCACGUCGAUACUCCGCCUGACGAUUCAAAAAGCCGAAACGUAUCCUUCGAAGCUUUGCCGUACAAACCUAUCUAUCCAGAAUUACCUCAGGUUGAAACUCAAAACGAGUCGGACAGGUUCAUUAUGAAGGCAGACUCAUUAGGAAAGCCGAACGAGAAAAACUUGACAAAGGACGAUCAUUCUAAUUUAUGCCACAUGAAAAUUGAAGUCGUGAAAGGGGAGGCGAGUGUAUUAGAUAGCGGAGAUGAAGAUAGUGGUAUAGAAUCUAGUACGCUCGAAAGGAAAGUGGUAAAGAAUACCCAGGCAUAAGACAAUUUUUCGGUCCAUCAAUUUCUCAGAUAUGCCAACUUCUUUUGGAAAAAAAAAAGAUUGUAUCGAUGAUCUCUCCGCUUGUUUUUAAUAGCAAUAGUUCAUUGGUAGUCUUUGUUGAUCAAAUUUGAGGAAUGUACAGGGUUAUCUAGAAGUCAGAUAUGUAUUGAGAAUAUUAAAACAAGAAAAUCUGAUUAGUUUCAUAUGAAAAUGUUUCCAAGUAAUAUCCGAUCCGAUUAUACAGUAAGUUAUUAUGAUAUAUAACCUUCAAUUGAAAAAAGUAUCUUACAUUCUUCUUGUAGUGGAUUCAAUAAAAAUCGAAUUGGAUCAGCCUGUCUGGGAAUUGGCUCGGUUUGAUUGUCGAAAGGGUUUAUUUUUGUAACGAUAUUAAUUUGACAGAUCUAAUAUCAAUUUUUUGAUAGGAAGUACUGUUGAGCUGGGCAAAUUUUGGAGUUUUGAAUGAUCUCAAAAUUUUCAAGGCAGGACUCCACUCAUUUUCAUCAUAAUUCAAGAUAUUUCAAAAAUAGGGUAGUGUGAAUUUAUUUAUUUACGUCCAUUAAUUUAACAAACUAAUUACUGUAUAGAAAAUUUGAAGUUUCUUAUCAAAAAAAGUAUUUCUUUUAUUCAACUAAAGAGAAAAAGUUUGGCUGUUUUGAGGUUUCUUUUUUUAUAGCCUGAGAAAUAAUAAGAAUUUGAGAGUUGAUUUCUUUCAAUAUCUUUCACAUGGUAAUAAUGGGGUACUGUUUAUUUUUCUGGUGAAGAUCGAAUUGAGUUGAAUCUUGUUUUGAUAAUUUAUCCCAAUUCUCUUUGUCCAUCUUCGACAUGUACCCAAUUGGCUCUAAUUCCAAAUAAUUUGUAACAUAAAAUAAUUGUGAUAUUUUACUUGUUUUAGUUAUUGAAUUGACAAAUUUUUGAUUAUAUAUUUUUUUUUAAUUCCUUAGGCUCUAUAAUUUUAUUUGAUCGGAAUGACGAUCUGACAUUCGCGAGAAAAUAUUUAACGUGUUAUAGGUUUUCUUAAUAUUAUUAAUGUUACUUAAAUGUUUACAUCUCGUAUUAAACCGUGAAGUUUUGUGGGUAGUUAAAAAACUAAUGUACAAACUGAAACUGGACGUCCAAUUGUUGUCUAAAGUUGUAGAGUAGUUGAUUUUUAUAUAAUACUAGCAAGUGAUUGAAAUCUUAGAUGUAGAUUGUUCGAUUUUAAUAUGUUCAGUUUUUGUUGUAGAUAUUUAAUGUCCGUAUCGGACCUAAUAUGUGAUCGGUUAGUAUUUCUUGUAUUAUUAGAAGUGUAAUAUAUAGUCUGUGUAAUUAUUAAUAAUUAAAGUUCUUAUUUUAUGA